UGUUUAAAAUUUAUCUUUUAGAUAAUAAAUAUUUAUUAAUUUUUAUAUUUUACAGGUUUUGAAUGGCAAGCAAUAGAUGAGUGCAGAGAAAAAAUAUUACAAAAUUUGAGAGUAUUCAAAGACCGUGGAAAAAUAUGUUUCAACAUCCCAAUAGAUGAAUAUGACAAGGUAGAACAAUUGAAGUCAGUAGACAAUGUUUACAUUUUAGCUGAUGUAAAUUAUCACUCAUACAACAAAGACGACAAGGAAUCCUGCUUCCAGCUUCUCAGAGACUCUUUAUCAUCGAAUAAGUCUCAAUUAAACAAGAGUAUAAACGCCUGGAAAAAGUUCACGAAAUUUCCCGGUAAAGUGUUUCCUUCUAUUAAAGAGUACGAGCGCGUAAUAAACGACUACAAGGCGGCUAAAGAAGAAAAGAGGAAAGGUCCAGAGGAAGAAACUGUGAGAGGUAGAAAAAAGCGAGGCAAAGAUCCUUCGUCGUCUAAAGAGACUGACAUUUUAUCCUACCGAGUCUCAUGUGAAAGAACUGGAGUCCAUGCGUUUGAGUCUCAAGAAGUCGCUGUGAAAUUAGGUGGAGAAUUUAAUGACUUAUAUCACUGGCUAGUUGAUUUAACUGAUUACCAGCUGGAGAUACUCUACAAAAUUUCUUUCGCUGAGACUUUAAUAUUGCUACGCGUGACUACUGAGUCGAUGCACCGGAGGAACAUUGCUUUUUUUGGACCUACAACUCUCAGGGCGACUGUUUGUUACAAUUUGUUGCGGCUGGCUAAACCUAAACCUGGAGAAAUUAUUAUUGAUCCAAUGUGUGGUGGUGGAUCCAUUCCUAUUGAAGCCACUAAAGAGUUUCCAUUAAAUUACAUAAUUGGUGGAGACAAUCAUGAAAAAGCCAUGGAAAGAUCCAGGAUGAAUUUUGCAAUGCUACCGACAGCGUACAAGUCAGACUUAAUCCAAUGGAAUUUGGAGCACUUGCCAUUUAAAGAUUCUUCUGCUUUACAAGCAGCUACAGAUUUAUUUAAAGUAAAAAAAACUCUAUCAAUAAGCAUGGGAGGACUAAACGCAGCAGCCUACGUUCUGAAGCGUACAAAUUUAGCUUACGACAGUUUUUUAACAAGAGUGACAACACUGGUGACACCGAAAGCUAGAUCAUCAUCUUCAUCUUCUGAUAAAUCAGAAUAA